AUGGUAUCAAUGGCAAAUAUUCAAGCAGAGAUGAAUAUUGAUGGAGUGAAGACGAGAACUGUUGAACAGUUGAUUGCACCAUUGAUACAGCAGGUGACAAGUUUAACCAAUCUAAAUGGCAUGCAUUCUCUGAAACGCAGCGGGAAGAGUGGCGUUGUAUUGGUGGCUGCAAUCGAACGAACUGUACGUAAUUUUGUGGAAAUAGGGCGUUCAGCUAUUGCUGAAUGUCCGAUUGCUGUUGGAAAUGCUUUGGAACAGUUGAAUGAAACUUUACAGAAUGUAGAGCAUGCUGGUAUCGAAAUGGUUAACAGAGGACAUGAUUUUGUGGAGGAAACGAGUAAUACGGAUCGACGUGCACAUGCAGUACGAGCAGCUCGAAAUCUAUUAAAUUUAGUAGCACGAAUGCUUAUUAUAGCCGAUAUGGUAGAUGUACGUAUAAUGCUUCUUCAAGUUGCUAAGGCUCAAGACAUAAUGGAUCUUAUGGUUACAGCUGAAUCGAAGCAGGAGUUAUCAGAAUUAUUUGAAUCGUUAAACUCUUGUUUGGAACAGCUGGAUGCAAGUAUUAAACGACGUAUCCUAGAGUUACGAAAUCCAGCAGAGCAGGAUGAUCUGCAGGCAGCUCGAGCAUGGCUUAAGCUGAACAGUGUGAUCAUGUAUACUUCCUCUACGGCAUACAUACGCCAUCCGGAAGUAGAUCAAGUGCGUUUAAAUCGUGAUUUUUCACAUGCGCAAAUGUCGCUAGCCUUACAAACUAUAGCUGAUAUUUUGCAAGGUUGUGCAGCUAACAGAGAUAUCUGUCUUUCGCAUUACGGUCUUGUUGGUGAUCUUAUACGACAGCUUGAUCAUUUUCAGACUCGAGCUUAUAUGGAACCAAGCUCUUACAAAGAUCAUUUGCAUCGUCCAGAACUUGAAGGUCUCUUAGAAAAGAUUGUAAGCGGUGUAGCUGCCAUUGCAGAUUCAGAAAACACGAGAGAUGAAAGGAAGAAAAGAAUUGUUGAUGAAUGCAAUAAUUUGCGACAAGCAUUGCAAGAUUUGCUUGCUGAAUACGAGAAAAAUUGUGGACGUGCCGAGCCUUCGGAAGAUUUGGACUUAGCGAUGGUUCAUUUGGGACAUAAAGCGAAGGAUUUGCGACGACAUUUGCGACGUGCUAUCGUGGAUCAUGUUAGCGAUGCCUUUCUGGAUACUAUCACUCCUCUAAUGAUGCUUAUUGAAAAUGCUCAAAGACAUGACGAAAGAACAACAAUUGAAAGUGGAAAAAUGUUCCAGGAGCAUGCAAACAAACUUUUGCAGGCAGCAGAGCUGGUAUGUGUAAUGAGUAGUAAUGAAGAUGGUAUUCGCGUUAUUCGAUAUGCGGCCUUAAUUAUUGACAAACUUGCACCUCAGGUAGUUAAUGCCGCUUAUUUGCUAAGCGCGAGAGAUAGCCAGGUGGCAAGGGAUAAUAUGGAGGCUUUUAAAAAUGCAUGGAUCGAGAAAGUGAAGCUGCUAACGAUGGCUGUCGAUGCGAUGAUAACAGUAGAUGACUUUUUGGCUGUCAGUGAGGCUCAUAUUAUUGAAGAUGUGAAAAGCGGCAUUCAGGCUGUGAUCAAUGGAGAUGGUUAUUUACUUGAUCGGGCUGCAGGUGGUAUUCGUGGCCGUUCUUUGCGUGUUUGCAACGUGGUUGAUUCCGAAAUGGAUAUGGUUGCGGCCAGUUCGUAUAGAGAUCGUGUUAGAAUGGCGACUAAAUUGCUCAGAGAUGAUGUGAUUAAUCAGUUCGCUGAUCGAGCGGAGAGAGUAGUAAACAAAUUGGAGAACGAAACAGCAGAAGGAAAUAGUAGUGAGAAUAGAGAUUAUGUUGCUGACGUGGAUGAAUUUAUCGAAGCUAGUGAAUUGGUUCACAAUGCCGUGAAAGAAAUACGGAAUGCAUUGUUGAUGAAUCGAAAUCCGGAAGAUGUUGAUUCAGACAACGAGUACGAGGAAGAUGCUGGAAUGAACUAUCCAGACUCAAGAAAUCAAACAGCUGACAUUGAAAAUGAACAAAAAAUAAUGCGACGAUUACCGGAGGAAGAAAAACGAAAAAUCCAAGAACAAAUUGAUGUUUUCAAGAUAACACAAAGCAAGUUUGAAAGAGAAGUGGCAAAAUGGGACGAAACUGGAAAUGAUAUUAUCGUAUUAGCAAAACAUAUGUGUAUGAUUAUGAUGAAUAUGACUGAUUUUACUAGAGGUCGUGGACCUUUGAAGACCACAAUGGAUGUUAUCAAAGCUGCGCAAGAAAUUUCUGAUGCGGGUGCAAAACUAAAUUCUUUGGCUAAACAGAUUGGUGAUGAAAGUGUGGAAAGUGAAACAAAAAAAGAUCUCUUUGCAUACCUGCAACGAAUAACUCUCUACUGUCAACAAUUGAAUAUAACAAGCAGAGUAAAGGCAGAUGUGCAGCAAGUUGGUAAUGAAUUGGUAGUUAGCGGACUUGAAUCAGCAAUGUCGCUGAUUCAAACUGCUAGAAAUCUGUUGAAUGCUGUUGUGUUAACGGUCAAAGCUGCAUACAUUGCAAGUACCAAGAGGAAGGCAGCCAAGCUCAACAUCUGA